AUGGUGAACGUGAAGUUUGCAUUGGUCUCUUUAACUUUCUUUGUACUUCUUGAAGCUUACAAUGCUAGACAUUUACAUGGAGUAUUCAUAAAAGAAAGCUUUCAUGUAAGGCCAAUGUCUCAUUUGGCCAUAAUUCAAAUGGUAACCGGAGAAGAAAAUCUCCGGUUACCACAAUCUCUUUCAUGGUCAUCGUCAAAUGACCAGACUACUUAUGGCCGCAUUAUCCCACCAGCCCCACCGCUACCAAAAAUGCCGCCUCCAAAGGGCCAAGAAACUUACCUCCGAGUUAACUCACCACCACCACCAUCACCAGAUGGAGCACUGUCAGAGGACCAAGAAACUUACGAUCGAGUUAAGCUAUCAUCAUCACCACCAUUACCAAAUGGAGCACCUUCAAAGGGCCAAGAAACUAACCUCCGAGUUGUAUCACCACCACCGCCACCACCAGAAGGUGAACUGCCCAAGGGCCAAGAAACUUACGGCCAAGUUAACCCAUCAUCACCACCACCACCACCAAAUGGAGCACCUACAAAGGGCCAAGAAACUUACCUCCGAGUUGUAUCACCACCACCACCACCACCAGAUGGUGAACCGUCAGAGGGCCAAGAAACUUACGGUCGGGUUAACCCAUCAUCACCACCAUCAUCACCGAAUGGAGCACUGACAAGCCAAGAAACUUUUGGUCGAGUUAACCCAUCGCCACCACCACCAAAUGGAGCACCUUCAAAGGGUCAAGAAACUUACCUCCCAGUUGUAUCACCACCACCGCCAACACCAGAUGGUGAACUGCCAAAGGGCCAAGAAACUUACGGCCGAGUUAACCCAUCAUCACCACCACCACCAAAUGGAGCACCUACAAAGGGCCAAGAAGCUUACCUCCGAGUUAACUCACCAUCACCAGAUGGAGCACUGACAGGCCAAGAAACUUAUGGUCGAGUUAACCCAUCACCACCACCACCAAAUGGAGCACCUUCAAAGGGCCAAGAAACUUGCCUCCAAGUUGUAUCAUCACCACCACCACCACCAGAUGGUGAACCGUCAGAGGGCCAAGAAACUUGCGGUCGAGUUAACCCUACAAAGGGCCAAGAAGCUUACAUCCGAGUUAACUCACCAUCACCAGAUGGAGCACUGAUAGGCCAAGAUACUUUUGGUCGAGUUAACCCAUCACCAUCACUACCAAAUGGAGCACCUUUAAAGGGUCAAAAAACGUACAUCCAAGUUGAAUCACCAUCACUAAAUGGAGAACCGUCAGGAGGCCAAGAAAUAUACGGCCGAGGUAACCCAUUAGCACCACCACCACCACCAAAUGGAGCACCUUCAAAGGGCCAAGAAACUUACCUCCGAGUUGAAUCACCACCACCACCAUCAUCAGAUGGAGAACUGUCAAAAGGCCAAGAAACUUACGGAGUUAACCCAUCACCACCUCCACCACCUAAUGAUGCACCGCCAGAGUUCCAAACGUUUCACCAAGGAGAUAAAAUGAACUUAAACAAUGAAAGCUAUGAAGUGGCUAUAGAAGAACUAGAAGUGUCACCAACACACGAUAGUUCAAUGGGACAGACCAAACGCGGCCAAGAUGACCCCAGAGCCCCACCAAAUCCGGACCGAAAUGAUUCACAAGUACCGGACAUGUAUGAUCGAGUUAACCCGAGUGCACUAGCUUGUACAAAACCAACACACCCAUUGCUAAGUGAUGGUGGAAGUGCAUGGACCGGAUUAUCAGCACUAACCAUUGAUCCUAGAACAGUAUCAAAUGAGGAUCGAUGGUAUUUCAUUGCCUUUUACCAGUUGUCAUCAUAUGUCACUAGAGUAAUUGAAUAUUGGGGAUGAUGUAGAAUUUAAGUGUUUAGAAAGUAUUAUUGUUGGUCCAAAAGAAAAAAGAGUUGACCAAGUAGGUUUAAUUAUGGAAUAGAAUAACGUGUAUUCGUCAUGUGAAAUUGAAUUUAAUUUUAAUUCUAGUAUUAAAAGACUU